UGUGAUAACAGGCUUCUGUUUCCAGCACCACUGCACCACUUUACGGUCUGAAAACGUAUUAAAAUUAAUCGGAUAAACUGAUGUUUAAGGUCUCCGAAGGUAUUUAAAAUUAUACAUUUUUGAAGAAUAUAGUUUCUGAUGGUGGCUGUGGGCACUUCGCUGCUACUUGUUUGGAAUAUACGCCUACCCGCCGCCGUUUUCGGGUCGUUUUGAUUAUGGAAACGUGUUAUUUGAGUCACGUAGUCCAAGCCCGUCUUUCUCUGGUGGUCCUCUUGGUCGUUCUGAGACCCCUCAAUGCGUGGACCUACACCUCCAGCAGCAACGAUAUGGAUAGGGCACUGGUAACGGGGGUAUACUUUUCUCCCCGGGUUACCAACUCUGAAGAAAUAACUGCCAUAACUGCCUUACCAAAAUACGUGUUUACUACUCCGGCAACUUCUACGGACUUUAGGGAGGUAUCAUCACCAUCAUCUGAAACAGAACUCCACCACAGAGUCAGGCAUUCCGAUGAGAGUGAGACACGGGCGUUGAGUGAAGACACAUUAGCCACUGAACAAAACACACGUCUCUCCUCGGGCUCAACCAGUUGGACAUCAGAAGGAACCCUUGGUUUGUCGACGGAGCAGAGGAGCUCUACCAUUGUAGUGUCUACAGAGGCUACCACACAGUGGGAGGACAAGACCAGAGUAACACCAGACCACCUACCAGAGGCCUACUCUGGGCUCCCAGCACAACUCAGGGCUUUGACUGAAACAAAACGCUCAGUAGAACUUAAGUCAGUGUCUGUUACGGAAGCCAGACCACCUCAGGACAGCCCUGAUGCUGACAGCAGUCUCAGAGGGGACCAGUCCACAAACCGAGGUACUGUGGAUCUCAGAGAGGACCAAUCCACAACCCAAGGCACCGUGGGUCUCAGCGAGGACCAGUCCACAAACCAAGGCAUUGAGGGCCUCAGAGAGGACCAGUCCACAAACCGAGGUACUGUGGGUCUCAGAGAGGACCAGUACACAAACCGGGGAACCUUGGGUCUCAACGAGGACCAGUCCAAUAUCCGAGGCACAAUGGGUCUCAGCGAGGACCAGUCCACAAACCAAGGCACUGAGGGCCUCAGAGAGGACCAGUCCACAAACCGAGGUACUGUGGGUCUCAGAGAGGACCAGUCCACAAACCGAGGUACUGUGGAUCUCAGAGAGGACCAAUCCACAACCCAAGGCACCGUGGGUCUCAGCGAGGACCAGUCCACAAACCAAGGCACUGUGGGCCUCAGAGAGGACCAGUCCACAAACCAAGGCACCGUGGGUCUUGGAGAGGACCAGUCCACAAACCGAGGCACCGUGGGUCUCAGUGAGGACGAGUCCACAAUCCGAGGCACCAUGGGUCUCAGAGAGGACCAAUCCACAACCCAAGGCACCGUGGGUCUCAGCGAGGACCAGUCCACAAACCAAGGCACUGUGGGCCUCAGAGAGGACCAGUUCACAAACCAAGGCACCGUGGGUCUUGGAGAGGACCAGUCCACAAACCGAGGCACCAUGGGUCUCAGAGAGGACCAGUCCACAAACCGAGGCACCAUGGGUCUCAGAGAGGACCAGUCCACAAACCGAGGUACUGUGGGUCUCAGAGAGGACCAGUCCACAAACCAAGGCACCGUGAGUCUCGGCCAAGGACAGUCAACAGAUACUCUCAGGCAGGACCAGUGGACUGACCUAGGAACCAUGGCUCUCCCCAUCCCUGUCCACACCGACCGCACCUACAUCUCCUCCACUAUGAGUCGAGCGGGAGAGAGGACCUUACUGUCUGUGAGCUCCAACAGCACCUCCAUGUACCCUGAGGACUCCACCUGGGGCCUCCCGACGGGCCGCACCGGUGCCAGGGCUGGGGAUGUUACCGACAGGAUACCCUCCACCGGACCUGACCAUGGGCAUGACGCUACGUCUGGGUCUGACUCUCUCCCCCACUCCAACACCAACUCUUCACAAGAGUGGCCUGGUGGUUCUUCCUCCAGAGGGACCAACCCGCUGACUGGACCCCCCAAUGUGACCCAACAGCAGGACCUCACCUCUCUGGUUUCGGAGGGAACCCCCUACUCCACCCCCCCUCUCAGCGUGGCUGAUAACCACAGCAGACGGGACACAGACACAACAGAUUCCAGUCAGCCCUCCAGAAGCAGGACGUCCCAAACAGAAGAUGGGGUCCCUGAUUCUUCCCAGCCCCCCAUCCUGUUUUCAGAAGGACCCAGCCAUCCCAGCACCAACACCUCUCAGGGAGGAGAUAGAGAUACUCCCUCCAUCAUGGUCACCGGGUCUGGCACUUCCACGGAGUCCUCCACAGGUGCCCUCAGCACCCAGGGGGGCCAGGGUGAGACAGAAGGAGUCACAUCACUCCACACAGAGGACACACCUACAAUCGUAGGUCUGGCUCUAACUACUGCUCACCCGACGCUACGAGAAAGUGCCACCGCCCUGGACGACUUCCUGUCCCGGUUCAUCUCAAGCCAGCCUCCCUUUGUCCCCAGGACAGAGCAGCCAUCGUCGGCGGUGACCACAGCGGUCCUGAUGUCCACCACAUCCGUGACCGUUACGAUGAUGUCACAGGUCACUGAGGAGGAGACCUACAGAUUUACUACGGCAACCAGCACCACACUGACACCCCCCCUGGCCACGACAAGGAUGGUUCAGCUUAGCACCACCACCUCCGUCGAAGCCCAGACUCAACCUACCACCAUCCCUACCACCAUUACCACUGAGACCACUCUGGGUCUCCAGACCUCGGCUUCAACCCCCCAGCGCCCAGCUACCCUUCAGACCCAGACCCAGGAGCCCUCAACAGGGGUGAGCUUCACCGACGUCACCAGCUCCACCGAUGUAACCACCUUGCACCUGGAGACCAGCACGGCCACACCGGGGAACACCACGCCCCACAGCGGCCAGGCCAUCACCACCACCACUACUACAGCCCCCUCUUCCUACAGCCACAGCACCACCACCAGGAGCACAGUGGAACUGCACGCUACAGGGAAACACACUGACAGGGGGACCACUGAGGUAGAAGUGACCACAGCUCCAAUGGACAUCAGAUCUACACCUCAGACACCAGGUAGUGCCUGUGAGCCCAACCCCUGUCUGAACGGAGGUGGGUGUGGACAGACCGAUGGAGGGGGGGAAUUCACCUGUUACUGUCUGUCAGCAUGGACAGGACCUACCUGCAAUGAGGAUGUGGAUGAGUGUGAGAGUGGCCCCGGCCCCUCAGGCCCGUGUCCCAGUGACUCUGCGUGUGUUAACACCAGGGGCUCCUUCAGCUGCGAGUGUCCCCUGGGCCUUGACAUUGAGAACGGACGAGACUGCACGCGAGCAAAAACUUUCUUAGGGACGUUCAGUGUCAACAACUCUUACUAUGACCCACUGCUCUCCAGGAGCGCCACACUGCAUGAGAUCCAGAGAGAGAUCAACCAGCUGCUCAAUGCCUCAUUAUCAAUUCUGCGUGGUUACCGGCGCUCUACGUUGAGUAAAAAAGGGGAAGACGGAGUUCAUAUCUCCGCUGUCAACAUGUUCUCCCUCUCUGCUGACGUGACCAGCUCUGAGAUCUACGACAGCAUACAGCUGUCUCUGAACAACUGUAACAGCACUGCUGGACACUGCAGAGUGGUGGUCACUCACCAGCUCUCCUAUCAAGUUGAGAGUCUGUGUCUGGCUCAGAACACCCAGUGUCACCUAGAGCGUUCCUUCUGUGCCGACUCCAAUGGGACAGCCUACUGCCAGUGUCAACCAGGGUACUUCAAACUCAACCCUGAGGACCAGUCCUGCCUAGAAUGCGGUGAUGGUCUGAAACGGAUCAAUGGAACCUGUGUCAGGUGCACAUUUGGAUUUGGAGGAUUCAAUUGUGGAAAUUUCUACAAGCUGAUAGCUGUGGUGGUAUCGCCAGUAGGGGGUGCCCUACUCCUUGUUCUCAUCAUCGCUCUCAUUGUCACUUGCUGCAAGAAAGACAAGAAUGACAUCAACAAGAUAAUUUUCAAAAGUGGCGAUUUUCAAAUGUCGCCGUACGCAGAGUUCCCAAAGAGUAACCGUGUUUCUAUGGAGUGGGGGAGAGAGGCCAUCGAGAUGCAGGAGAACGGUAGCACCAAGAACCUGCUACAAAUGACAGACAUCUACUACUCUCCUGCGUUACGUAACUCUGACCUAGAGCGUAACGGCCUCUACCCGUUCUCUGGCCUGCCAGGCUCCCGUCACUCCUGUAUCUAUCCCGCCCAAUGGAACCCUUCAUUCAUUAACGACGACUCACGACGUCGAGACUACUUCUGACGCCCAGCUACUCUGCCGCUUGUCCUGCCUAGCCAGCCAACUCCACCUCUGGCCCUGCCUAGCCAGCCAACUCCACCUCUGGCCCUGCCUAGCCAGCCAACCCCACCUCUGGCCCUGCCUAGCCAGCCAACUCCGCCUCUGGCCCUGCCUAGCCAGCCAACUCCACCUCUGGCCCUGCCUAGCCUGCCAACUCCACCUCUGGCCCUGCCUAGCCAGCCAACUCCACCUCUGGCCCUGCCUAGCCAGCCAACUCCGCCUCUGGCCCUGCCUAGCCAGCCAACUCCACCUCUGGCCCUGCCUAGCCAGCCAACUCCACCUCUGGCCCUGCCUAGCCAGCUAACUCCCUCUGGCCCUGCCUAGCCAGCCAACUCCACCACUGCCAUAAGCCUAAUUUACACACCUUCUACUUCCCUUCAAAGUCCACACAAGGUCCGCAUCUCCUACUUGGCAAAGUGUCCUGCGGACGCAGAGAUUUCGUCCGAACGGACAGCAGUGGACAUUCGAUUUUGCAUAAUUUCGUUUGAGUGGACCUAGCGGACAGCUCAGAAGUGGAAGGUAUAAAUUAGGCUUUAGCCUGGUCCCAGAUCUGUUUGUGCUCUUGCAUACUCCAUUGCUGUCCUUGUCAAGCCAAACAUGGCAAUGAGUGAUAAGGAGUUGGUAUGGUAGCAUAAACACACUGGCACGCAGGCUACCGCUGCCUGGUCUACAGCCAACCACAUCCAUGAUUAAGUGCACCAAAAACACUUCACACUGAUUUGAUCAGUGCACAUUUGAUCAUAUGAUUUGAUCGUAUGUCAAAAGCAAUAAUAAAAGCAAUCCAUAAAUUAUUAAAGUUACAGUGUAUACCAUGUAUUCAUAAUGUGUGGAUGCAUGUCUGUCUGUUCUGCAAAGUGUGUGUGUGUGUGUGUGUGUGUGUGUGUGUGUGUGUGUGUGUGUGUGUGUGUGUGUGUGUGUGUGUGUGUGUGUGUGUGUGUGUGUGUGUGUGUGUGUGUGUGUGUGUGUGUGUGUGUGUGUACUGAAAAAGCAGGUUGAAAGAGAAUGCUGCAAAAACUUGUUUUGUCAAGUAUUGUUACAUUGUGCAAAGAUAUUUAACGGCAUGACACAGAUGGAAAAUCAAUGUACUGUAUUUGUCAGAUGAAGAAUAGAUGCACCAAAGUGGUUUCCUAUGACAUAUUGAAUGAUGGUCAAGCUGCCGUCUGUCGAUCGGAACAGUACAACAGUUUUUGUAAUUUAUUGAAUGUAUUUCAACAGUUAAAAAUGUAUGAAGACAUGUUCAACAUGUUACAUUGUCAGAGGGCCUCCCACCCUGUUCUGUAGAGACAAACAUCUGACGUUUGGAACACAAAAGGAUGUGUGUGCGUGUGUGUGAGUGGACGCGUGUGUGGAUGUGUUUAAGUAUACUUGUGGGGACCCACAUUUGACUAACUGGGGACAUUUUGUUGGUCCCCACAAGGUCAAAUGCUAUUUCAAGGGGGUUUAGGGUUAAGGUUAGAAUUAGUGUUAGGGUUACAAUUAGGUUUAGGGUUAGGAUUAGGAGCUACGGGUUAGGUUUAAGGUUUGAUUUACAGGUUAGGAUUAAGAUUAGGUUACGGGUUAGGGUUAGGGAGAAUAGGAUUUUGAAUGGGACUGAAUUGUGUGUCCCCACAUAGUUUGUUGUACAAGACUGUGUGUGUGUGUGUGAAUCUUGGAUUAAUUCAGUUCAAUAAACAUGCUAAGUGUCAGCUCUCAUUUAUGGUUUGCAUAGAGAUGUACUAUAUUUGUAGAUAGAGUACCCUUUUAUAUCUUUGUUGUCUUCCUUCUAAUAUGAAUGGUCUAUUACCUCUGGCGUUUUAGUCAGACAUGCAUAUUUAAUAAAUAAAAUAACAUUCUGUACAA